GCCUGCCUCCGCCACCUUUGCGAGGUGUCCACCAUGGCCUGCGGCGGCGGCAGCGGCAUUUUCAGCCGGGCGCUGGGCUACGUCGUCAACGAGUUCCUCGUCCAGGGCCUCGCCAACAACCGUGCCUUCCAGAGGUUUGCUGUGAGGACCAACAAGACUUUCGAGAAUCUCUCAUCUAGAGUUAAACAAGCGAGGGAGGAGGUGUCAGAGCAAAUUAGGGAUCCUCGUGGGCAUGAUAAUGGCUUCAAGCAGUGAUGCCGACUCCUACGCGUGCAUCAAGUUGCUAGCUGUACAAUCCUGCUAUCAGCGUUCCCAUACAUCUUUUCUUAUCCUAGUUUUGGAUGCCAUCCUCAAGUGGCCAUUGUAUAAAAUCUGAAUCCAAAUGAUCUUAUUUUCUAUUUAGACAUGCACAGCAUCAUUCUACUCCUUGGCUGAGUCUCAGUUCUACAAAUUUCUAUGCUGGAACAAAUUACUAUGUAGCCUGCCGGAAAAAAUUCUAGAGGGAUUCUCCUUGACUGA